AUGUGGUUCUUCUAAUUUGUUCUAUACAUAUAAGACUUCUCUUAGGAAAAUGGCAAACUCAAACGAUCACAGUUGGGAGGACAUGAUUUUAGAUGACGAUGACGACGACGAUAACGACACCGAAGAAGUAGGGUUUGUAGAUAAUGAGAGGAGGAGGAGAUCUGGUUUAACCACUGGUCGUGGUGGCGGCGGAGGGGGAAGGUCAACGGUGGCACGUUGCCAAGCCGAUGGCUGCAAUGCUGAUCUGACUGGUGCGAGACCGUACCACCGCCGCCACAAGGUCUGCGAGUUCCACGCCAAGGCAGCCGUGGUGAUUCUGGCCGGAUUGGAACAACGAUUUUGCCAGCAGUGUAGUAGGUUUCAUGCAGUAUCGGAAUUCGAUGACACAAAGAGAAGCUGCCGGAGUCGUUUGGCUGGUCACAAUGAACGCCGCCGUAAAAUCUUACCGGAUUUUCAUGGCCAAUCCUCCACUAAUUGAACCACACAACACUCCUCACUGUGUCCACUAAUUACCAUAAUUAAUAAUAAUAAAUAACAAUAAUGAUACACUCAUUACUAAUGAAGAAGAAGAUCAAGAAAGAAUGAAAGAAAGAAAGAAAGAAAGAAAGAAAGAGCUACGCGUCAUUGGAGUUAAUUUUGUUUUGAGAGAGUCACCGGCGGUCCGGCCACCGCGAUGAAAAAAUGAACUGUUAUGCUUCCUCUCUUCUGUCAUCAAAAGAAAACCCAAUUUAUAGCCCUCUUUGUAAUAUAAUUUGAAGUUGUCUCUUCAUUAUUAGACCAAAACUUUUCAUUAUAUUUACUUAAGUUACACUAUAUAUAUUAUUAUAUCUCUAUCCA